AUGAAGGUGCGGGAAUCGGUUUCUUUAGUCACUGACUCCGAGUCAAAAGAAGAGCCUCCUGACAAUGACAUAGUGAUAAAGCUUGAAGUGGCUCCAGAAUGCAUGCAAGAUGGGUCGAAGCCUCAGCCCGAACAACUUAUUGAAAUAGAUCUGAGUGAUGGACAAGAUGCUCCAAGGCUGAUAUUCAUAAGUUCGAGCCUUAGCCCAGAGAAGCGAGAACAGUUGUUAAAGUUGAUAAGCCGGUAUUCAGAUGUGUUCGCUUGGUCAUAUAAGGAAAUGCCCGGACUAGAUCCUGACCUAGUCUCCCAUUAUCUUGAUGUGUUCCCAAACUCCAAGCCAAUUAAGCAAGCUGCUCGAAAGUAUCAUCCAGAUCUCGAAGAGAAGAUUAAGGAGGAGAUUGAAAAACUUCAACAAGCUGGUUUCAUCCGGCCAAUACAGUACCCCACGUGGUUGGCAAACAUAGUACCAGUAAAGAAGAAGAAUGGUCAAAUUAGAGAUGAAUUCUCUCUUCCUCACAUCGACACCCUCGUGGAUGCCACCAUGGGACACCAGAUGUUCUCAUUCAUGGAUGGAUUCAGUGGAUACAAUCAGAUUAAGAUGGCUGAACAAGAUGCAGAAAAGACUGUUUUUAGAACACCUCUCGGAAACUUCUUCUAUACAGUCAUGCCUUUCAGACUCAAGAAUGCCGGAGCAACUUACCAAAAGGCUAUGACUGCAAUUUUUCAUGACAUGAUCCAUCAUGAGAAAGAGUUAAAGAAGUUCCUCGGAAAGGUGUCUUAUAUUCAGAGGUUUAUCCCAGCACUUGCAGAGAUCUCUGCCCCUUUCGGCUCAUUAUUAAAAGGAGAUGCCAAGUUCGAGUGGAAUCAAGUGCACCAAAAGACCUUUGAGAGAAUCAAGGCGGCCUUAACCUCGCCUCAGACCAUGAUAGCCCCGCAGCCCGGGGUCCCUCUAAUGUUGUACUUAACCUCAACCCCCAAGUCCAUAGGGGCAUUAUUGGUCCAAGAUGUAGACGGAGCAGAACGCCCGGUGUAUUACAUCAGCCGGAAGAUUCGAGGAGUAGAAGUUCGAUAUACUCCGAUAGAGAGACAUUGCUUAGCUUUGGUAUUCACCGCCCAAAAGCUCAGACAUUACUUCUUAGCACAUCAGAUUCAGAUUGUUACUAGAACUCUCAAGGCAAUUAAAAGCCAAGCCUUAGCUGAUCUCCUUGCUCAAUUUCCAAGUGGUGACUAUGAACCAGUGAAUGAAGAAUUAAGAGGAGAGGUGCAUGCAGCUAUGGCUUCCGAGGAAAGCUUCUGGACAUUGAGCUUUGACGGAGCAGCAGCUAGAGGGAAAGGAGGAACCGGGAUAGUCCUUACAAGUAAAAGUGGGGAAAAGUUAUAUUUGUCUUACAAACUAGAUUUCCAUUGCUCAAAUAAUGAAGCCGAGUAUGAGGCUCUUAUUUUAGGCUUGAUAGCAGCUGAGAGGCACAAUAUCAAGAAGAUUCGGAUUCGGGGGGACUCAAAACUGAUAGUGAAGCAAGUUUCAGGACAGUUUGUCUUGAAGGAGCCUGCCUUGGCCACAUAUCGAACAACAGUCCAAAGGAUUCUUGACAAAUUUCAUAAGGUUGAAAUAGAGCAAGUGCCUCGCUCCGACAACAAGUUUUUAGAUACCCUCGCACCAUUAGGGGCAAGAGUUGACAUUCCAGAGGAGGAAGCAACAAUUGUUAUCAAGAAGAGAACAGAGCCUUCAAUAAUACCCGAAGACGAAGACCUUCCGGAAGACUGGAGAGCAGAAGUCCUUGAACAACUCAGAAAUAAAAUUGGAAAACUAACUAUGGCCAAGCUCGCCCAAUUCAUAAUUAUUCAAGGUGAACUUUACUUCUGA